AUGCCUUCCAACAACAGAUCUCAACCUCUAGGCCGCCAUUUCCAAGUCGGCGGCCAAACAUACCGCUCAUCCAGUCCCUCCUCUUCUCGCCCCCAUCCGCCUGCAGGCCCCGAAAGCCCAGCACCCAUCGACGAAACAGCUGGAUCCGACUACUUCAACCCUCUCAGCCAAGCGCCAUCAGCACAAUCACAGACUUCUCUGUCUUCGUUCCCUCGAUACCCAUCCCAAAAUCCGUCGCAAGCAUCGCUCUCCGCAUUUCCUUCCUACACCGAUACCAAUACCGCUACCAACCUCAACACUGCUUACAACCAGCAAUACCCGCCGCCCCAGAGACGCCCCAGACCUCCCGUCGACCAGGCGCGACAGCCUAGCAUCCGCAUCCGCCGCAGUUCCAACGGGUCCGUCUACUCCAACUUUAGUUUUGAUGGUGCGAGCGACGAUGGCAGGCCGCGGAGUAUUUCUCAACCCGAGAGGGCGAGGGUUCAAGAUGGGCCUGCGCUAGCGCGGCAUUCCCGGAGAGUCCCACAGGCCGCCAUGCCGAGACUCACGGAAGAGGGCAACAGACCCAGCAUGGCUGAGUUGGGCAUGAGCGAUGAUGAUCGCGCCAUGUCGCCUACGGCCUCGCUUCCAGAGGAUGCGAUGCGGCCAAAGCAUGGGAGAUUGCGACGGGCGAGUCGCUUCUUCUGGCCCGGCCAUCGAAGACAACCCGACAACGACUCCAUUGCUGUGCCUAUGCGAAAUCGGGAUACCGACGAUGCUCGAGACGAUGAAUACGACCAAGAACUGGUGGAUUGGCUUGAUGUCAUCGACCCCGAAGUCCAAACCCUCUCGACCCUUACAAACGUCCAAAACUCCCUCUUCGUCCCCGAUCUCGGAAAAUGGGUCAACCGUCGUCCAACAUACGCUCUAUCCCGCCACGACCCCCAAGCAGACUGGGCUCGAGGCGCCGUCGCCUCAGAGCGUCGCCGUGAAGCAGCCCAAGAAGCUCAAGCCCACGAACCCGCCGUUCCCAGCACCAUCGAUGAGGAAACAACACCUCGUUUCCAGCGAAGCAACACUAUUACAUCUCGUCUUACCGACUCGCACUACGCUGCUCUCCCGCAUGGAACAAACCUCGAUGGAUGGUCACCCGAGGAAAAGGCUGAGCUGGAUGAUCACGUUCGACACAUGUUGCACUCUCGGCGCGCGCGCCUUAAGCGUCGUAUGAAGGGUUUCGGACAGUAUGUUCGACGACCGCUGGGUUUCCUCGUCACACUUUACGCCACCCUCAUCACCCUCUUCGGUCUGGCCUGGGUUCUCUUCCUCAUCGGCUGGAUCUACGUAGGCGACAAGCAAUCUUAUCUCGUCCACAUCAUCGACAGUGUUCUUGUCGCUCUCUUCGCCAUCAUGGGUGAUGGUCUCGCGCCCUUCCGCGCUGUAGAUACAUACCAUAUGUUCCACAUCUGGCGCUUGACACGACUCAUCAAAAGAGCCGAAGAGGGCAAGAAGCCCAGAAAAAGGUUACAGAAGAAGACCGUCCCGGCAGGCGUUUCUCUAGACCCUGAAGAUUCGCACCUAACAGGCCACCAAGCCCGCGUUCUUCUCGAUGCGCAGAACUAUAACCCCGAAAGAGACGGCACCAUCGCCACAAUCGACGAACACCCUGAACCUCAACCCGAAAGCCCCGAAACUAUCGAUCUGGAACACGCCAAGUCCAACGGGCCCGAUUCCGACCAGCCCGCUUUGACGUUUGCGCAGUUCAAGAAACUGCAGCACCACCAGAAGAAAAUGGCAAAGUCGCACAGUUUCUACAAACCCCACGAGACAUUUACCCAUCUUCCCUUCCCCCAGCGCUACCUUCUUGCUAUUGUCAUUCUUCUCGACUGUCACUCAUGCCUGCAAAUUUCUCUCGGCGCAUGUACAUGGGGUAUCGACUACCACACCCGUCCCUUUGCCAUCACAACAGUUAUCCUCUGCGUGAGUAUAACCUGCAACAUCACAGCAGGACUUCUCAUCAGCAGAGGUGAUCGCAAGACACGCAAGAAGGACGUGUGGGAAUUGUUGGACAGACAGGAGCUUACACAGGACGCUAUCAAGCACAUGGAGAAGAAGAAGCAGGAAGAAGAAAAAGAGGAGCGGAAGAAGGAGGAAAAGGAAGAGAAGAAAGAGAGGGAGAGGGAGAGUAUGAGUUUGGAUAGGGAGGGCGAUGGAUCGAGUGGACGGACGAGCAGGGAGUUUAAAAAAUUGGUCAAGUCGCCUUCUUGA